GCGUUUUUGAGAUUGUAGUUUGUUCAAAAUGGCUGUUUCGGUGGUUGGAUGUGAGAUAUGGAAAAACUGGGAAAAACAAGGAAAAAAUGAUUACCUGAAAAUAUUUAAGCAGAUCAUCGCCAACAGUACAAAUACCCAUAGUCCAAUUCUGAGUGACGAGUGUGAUGCCUCUGCCUUGACAAGAUCAGUGUAUGAAUUAAUAUGGCAUGGCAUCAAAGGACCCCUAAGAAGGGAUGCCACUGUAGCUGCUUUAGGGGAAAUAUUGGAACUACAUGUUGACAUGGCAUCCAUUGUGCUGGACGUUAUAAGCAUAGUAGAUGCAGAAACAACAUGUGUGGAAAACAAUUCUGAUGAACGACAGAGACUCUGCUUUAUUGUCAAAGAAUGUGAAAAGUUUUUUUCAGACAAGUUACUGAAAGAACGUUUGGAGAUUGAUACUCUGCAGGAUGUUGGCACGCUAAAGAACAGAAGUUUCUACACAAAGUUCAUAAAAGUGAAGACAAAACUCUACUAUAAGCAAAGAAAAUUCAACUUGUUUCGUGAGGAAAGUGAAGGGUAUGCCAAGCUAAUAACGGAAUUAAAUCAGGAAGUAUCUGGAAACGUCACCCCAAAGAAUAUCCUCGAAGUUAUCAAAUCUUUAAUAGGUUGCUUCAACUUGGAUCCAAAUCGUGUGCUGGAUAUUAUUUUAGAAAGUUUUGAAUGUCGUCCAGAGCUACACGAGUUCUUCGUGCCACUGUUGCAGUCAUACAUGUGCGACCCCAAAAUUCUUUGUGAAGUGCUUGGCUUUAAAUUUUGUUUCUACCAAAAUAGCAGUGAGGAAACAACACCCAACUCUCUGCAUUUGGUCACAGCUUUGAUGCUACAGCAUGGAAUUAUUGCAUUGGAUGACAUCUACUGCUGGCUCACUCCAGAUGAUAAAGUUAUUUACAAAGAAUGGGACAAGGAAAUGAAGGAAGCUGUAGAAUAUGUCAGGAAACUGAAUAUAAUUUCAACAAAGGAUAAAGAGAAAGAAGAGCCAGUGGAAGAGAAGGAGAGUGCUCGGGAAAAGUAUGCAGCAAACCAGAAGUUUGGUCUUUGUGAGGCAUUACUGACUGUCGGUGACUGGACUCACGCAGAGCAGUUAACACGAAAACUUCCAGAACAUUGUGCAAUGGAUCAACCACCUGUUGCGCGGGCUCUGUGUCAGCUCAUACAUGUUCUCAUAGAACCAGUUUAUCGUAUGAAAUGUGGACCACUAACAAAGAAUCAUGUCCGCACUCCUCGUGCUCACCAGUUGAGCUCCCUUGCACCCAAACCUGCUCAGACUCUCCUCGAGCUGCGUGAUGCAGCAUUUCCCAUGCUGCAGGCAUUGGGACCAUCCUUGCAUCAUGACCCUGUACUGAUGUAUAAGGUGCUGAGGAUUUCAAAAGUUGCUCUUGGAGAGUGUGCUGCAGAUGGCCAGCCUCCAAAAGAAAAUUCAUCGGACGGUUUAUAUUAUGACGUGAUAACACUCCUGGAUGAAGUUAUACUACCAUCACUGUCAUACAUGGAAUGUAACUGUUGCAUUGCAGAGGAAGUGUGGAAUGUAGUGAAACUAUACCCAUAUCAGUUCAGGUACUGCUUGUACAGUCGAUGGAAAAAUGAAACCUAUAAGUCUCAUGCAAAACUCUUGCGUAAACGUGGUGAUGAACUAAAGAAGAUAAAAUCUUUGAUGAAACGCGUGAGCAAGGAAAAUAUUAAACCUGUUGGAAGAUCAAUUGGAAAGCUGACUCAUUGUGCACCGGGGUAUUUCUUUGACUAUAUGCUGAUGCAGAUACAAAUAUAUGACAAUCUUAUCACACCUAUAGUUGAUUCUCUAAAGUACCUGACGAGUCUUUCUUACGAUGUCCUUGGUUACUGCCUUGUGGAGUCCCUCUCUAGUGCAGAUCGAGAACAUUUCAAGCAUGAUGGAACUUCAAUUUCUCUCUGGCUUCAGAGCCUCUCUUCCUUCUGUGGGGCCAUUUUUAAAAAGUAUAACAUAGAACUAACUGGGCUCUUACAAUAUGUUGCUAAUCAACUGAAAGCUCAAAAGAGUCUGGACUUGUUAAUACUAAAGGAGGUAGUGCAAAAGAUGGCAGGUAUAGAGGCUGCAGAGGAAAUGACACCUCAACAGUUAGAAGCUAUGGCAGGUGGAGAACUACUCAAAGGAGAGGCAGGUUACUUCAGCCAAGUACGGAAUACAAAGAAAUCUUCUCAGCGUUUGAAAGAAGCACUGUCGGAACAAAAUCUUGCAGUAGCAUUAUAUCUGCUAAUGGCCCAACAGCGGUACUGUGUUCUGUACAGAGAAACUGAGAAGAGCCAUCUCAAACUAGUAGGAAAAUUAUAUGAUCAGUGUCAAGACACAUUGGUGCAGUUUGGGACAUUCUUAAAUUCCACAAUGUCAAAUGAAGAAUAUGUGACAAAGAUGCCAUCAAUUAAUAAAAUGCUUCUGGAGUACCACAUGCAUGCAGAUGUAGCAUUCUUUCUGGCGAGACCAAUGUUUACGCAUGCUAUAAAUUUACGAUUUGAAGCAUUACGAAAAGCAGAUCCAAAUGGUAAAAAGAUGUCUGCAUCACAGAAACAUCAAAAGUAUUGUGAAGCAGUGAGUGAGAUAAUGGGACCAAUUGUGGCAUCUGUGAAACCAUUACAUCCAGUAAAAGUGUGGGAAGAUAUUUCUCCUCAAUUCCUUGUCACGUUCUGGUCUCUUACAAUGUAUGACUUGUUCGUUCCUGUCGAGAGCUACCAGCGCGAGAUCAGUAAGAUUCGACAGUUGUCACAAGCAGCCUUGGAUUCAAAAGAUAUGGCAGCAAGUAAAGGAAAAAAGGAACAGGAGAGAUAUGCAGCACUUUCUGAGAAGCUACAUGAAGAAAAGAAGAAGCAACAAGAACAUGUUGAAAGAGUUAUGGCUAGGCUUAAGCAGGAGAAAGAUACGUGGUUCCUGUCUCGCUCAGCAAAAGCUGCCAAGAAUGAGACAAUAACACAGUUUCUGCAGCUGUGUCUUUUUCCAAGAUGCAUUUUCACAGCAACUGAUGCUGUUUACUGUGCCAAGUUUGUGCACACCAUCCAUAGUUUGAAGACUGCCAACUUCUCCACAUUACUCUGCUAUGACAGGCUGUUCUGUGACAUCACAUACUCUGUUACAUCAUGUACAGAAAAUGAAGCAAAUCGUUAUGGGCGUUUUCUAUGUGCAAUGCUAGAGACUGUUAUGAGAUGGCAUUCUGAGAAGGCCGUCUUUGAGAAGGAAUGUGCAAAUUAUCCUGGUUUUGUUACUAAAUUCCGAGUCAGCAACCAGUUUUCCGAAGCAAAUGAUCACGUAGACUACGAGAACUACCGGCAUGUUUGUCACAAGUGGCACUAUAAAAUUACAAAAGCCAUGGUUGUUUGUCUUGAUUCAAAGGAUUAUGUUCAAAUUAGAAACUCUCUUAUUAUUCUCAUCAAGAUAUUACCUCAUUUUCCUGUCUUGUUGAAACUUAGGCAGAUUAUAGAGAAGAAAAUUGAAAAGGUCCGUGAAGAAGAAAAGAAUCAUCGUCAAGAUCUAUUCAUAUUGGCUACAAGCUACAGUGGGAAACUCAAAGCGAAGGCUGCAACUAUGAUACGGGAAAACGACUUUCACCAGGUUGGGGAAAAGUCUGCAAGUGUGGCACAAGAAGCUAAACAAGAUGUCUCAAGUUCCUCAGUGGUGUUACCUCCAAAGCAGAUUAAUGGUGACAUUGAACGAGAACGGGAGCGCCCCUCAGAAAAACAUGAAAAAGGAAAGGAAGUCAGUGGUCGAGAAUCGAAAGAGAGAUCUGAACGCAAGACUGAAGGUGCGAGGCAAGGAGCAGGAGGAACAUCUCUCACAAAUGACCUGCCUUCUACAAAGCUGCCUUCAGCUCCCAAAAUAGUACCCGCUGGACAUGCUAUCGCUGCAAUGGAAACCAAGAGGGAACUGCCACCAGUAAUUUCGAAAGAGAAGGAAAAAAUUAAAGACAAAGAUUAUGAACCAAAGGAAAAGACAACAAAGAAAGAUGAGCGAAGGGAGGAAUCUGAAAGGGAGAGGCGCUCCAAGGAAAAAAAGGAAGAGAAAAUACCGCGUGAAGAAAGACUGUAUCGACAGCAACAGCCUCAGCAACAGCAGCAGCAGCAACAGCAACAGAGCCAGCAACAAGAGGAUCGCGAUCGAGACCACGAAAGAAGUCGCGAUCGCGAAAGGGAAAGAGAUCGCGAUAGGGAUCGCGAUCGCUACUCCGAAUCGGCGGGACCUUCCGUCAAGGACGAAUAUGGCACGACUGCAUCCAUCACCCGAUACGGAAGUGAGCGUGACCGUGAUCGUGACAGAGACCGUGAGAGGGAGAGAGAGCAGCGGUACUACACAACGGCGGCUGCGGCAGUGGAACGCGUGGAACGCACACACUACUACCAGCCGCCUCCUUCCAGCCAGCAUGAUGACCGUGAUCUCAGCUCGCUUUCGAACUCCAGUUCAGGUUCCACACACCGCCGCAGCCAGGAACCACCAGACCUUGUUGAUAGAGAUGUCAAGAGGCGGAAGAUGGAUGGCAGCUCGUCAUCAACGAAGAGUUCAAAACAUGAAGAGCGGAAACAGCAGUUGUUACUCGAGCAGAUGGCCCUGGAGAAAGCGGAAAAGAAAGAAAGGAGCUCAAAAUCAAAAGAAAAGGGCACCCGUGAUAAGUCAACCACUGAUGAAGAAAAAGAACUCAGAAAGGAACGGAAGCUUGGUCGCAAAAGGGAUCGCGCAGAAGAGGCACUUCUUCUAGCUGAGCAGAAACGCCGUAAAGAGGAAGAAAAAGUUGCUAAACUGGGAAGUCAUCAGAAUGGCGACCCUAAUGAGGGUCAUGUUCGAGAGAAACACCACUACAGUACCAGGGACAAAUCCCCAUAUGGAAGAGAACGAGAUCGAUCCCACGAUCGUGAAGGUCGUGACAAACAUCGUCGUUCGAAUGAAGGCAAACGAAGAUGAUGGCCAUGUUGAUGCAUUUUAUUUUCAUCUUUCACACAAUUUGGUGCUUACCAAACGUAAAGAAGAAUGUGUGAAUGAACAUUAGUGAUGUGACUAUUUUUCAAACUCAGUUUGAAUAGCGUGCAUUUCUUUGUUACUUGUGAAAAUAGUGUAAAUAUGUUGUAAAUUAUUUUUUGAAGAUAUGUAAAAUUGAAAAAUGUUUUAAAUAACUUUAGAUGGAAGUACGUGUGGUGAAAUGAAAAGAAAAUUAAAUAAAAUUUGGAUCUCAGUAUAUAUUUUGUCUGUAUUGGGGAUUUGUGUGCACCCCAAAUCUUUCACUAUGUCAAAUGAAUAACUAAUUUAGUUGCUCAGAGUUCUAAGCAAGACUGGAGUCACAUAAAUGGUCUUUCAUUUUGUUUGUCAGUUUUAAGUAAAGGAAAUCUGCCUUGUCUGGAGCAAAAAAUCCUCUUUCUCAUUGUUUUUGUGAAUGAUAUUUUGGUGUCAUUUUUAUACAAAAUACAUGCU